UCUCCCUUCGGUUGCAGAAGACCUGAUAGUUCUGGAUGAAGCUGAAGACCAUUUCAUGGCUCCCCGCAUUAUCCUCUGUCAUAGCCACGGAGGAGCUUCGUCCCCCCCACGUCCAAAAGAAGGACCUUCAACAAAGAAACCAAAAAUGACACAGCCGUGGAGACCGCUUCCCGGUCCUGCAAUACGCGCUGCAAAGCGGAUCCAGGAGGACGAUCGAGGAUUCACCACUGGCCGCCAUGGGCAGGCCUGGCGAAGCCACCGAGCUCGAUCGCAGCGGCAAGAGAUACCAAAAUCCCGAGGAAGAAGCGAUAGCCGAAGAUGCACAAAACGAUGAAGCAGUGGAGGACAGCGAUGACGACGACCGCUUCUUCGAAUCGCUCGACCGCGUCCCCUCUGGCGUCUCCCUUGAUCUCGAUCACGCCUCCUCGGGCUCUGACAGCGAUGAGGAGGACAGCGACGUCCGCAUCUCCUUCGCCUCCGCCAUAGAAGGGCCUCGCUUCUCCAUCUGCGUUGCCGACUUCGACGACUACUUUCACGAAGAUAACGACGAUACCGGCAGCUUCGACUAUGGCAUCUGGAUGGCUGAGCCUGUCUCCCUUACCGAACGCCGUCGCCGCCUACUUCAGGGGAUGGGCCUCACAAGCAGAAAAGACCUUGCUCCUUACAAAAGCCGCCGCAACCCCAACCCCGCCUUCCACCUAUUCCCCCCUCCUCUAUCCCCUUCUUCCGCCGAAUCCAACGCAAAAUCUACCCAUUCUGCACCGGCUCGGCGGCCGUCGCCUCAUAAACCUGCCUACCUUUCCCGAUACUUUUCCGAUUCGCAUUUGACUUUCCAAGGGCCGGCGGAAACGGGGCUUAUCCGAUCGUUCUCCUCGCCGCCGUCCCCAUGGCUCCACCGCGACAUGGGAAAGAAAAGCGGGGCCUUUCGUGCGAAGGCCGGAAGCAAUAAGGAACGUGGCGGUUCAGAAGCAGACAGCGCGGAGACAGUCGCUGUGGCGUGCAAGAUAAAAAAUUUGGACACUGGAAAGGAGUUCUUGGUGAGCGAGGUCGGAAAGGACGGAACUUGCGGCCGGCUCAACGACGUGCAGACCGGGUUGCAGCUCACCAUGGACGAGUUCGAGCGAUUCCUUGGCUUCUCCCCCAUUGUUAAGGAGCUGAUGCGUCGCGUUAAUCUCGGUGAAGAUAAAAAGAACGGAGGCAAUAGCAGCUCAACGCGUCAGGGGUACAGUGGAAAGAGUUCCAAAUCCGGGAGGAGGAAGAGGGGAAGCUGGCUGAAGAACAUAAAGUUCGUCGCCAGCUCUGUGACGGGCCUCAUCUCCGAGAAGGAGAGGUACCCCACCGCUUCGGCCGGCGCCACCAUUUCUGGCGUCGUUUUUGGCCGUGGAAAGUCGUCGUCUUUAAAUGGGAACUCCUCGGAUUGGCUCAAGGUGCAUCAGCACGGGAAAUCUUACAAGGAGCUUACAGGGCUCUACAUGUGCCAAGAGAUCCAGGCUCAUGAGGGCUCGAUUUGGUGCAUGAGAUUUAGCGCUGACGGCCGAUUCCUUGCUAGCGCCGGUGAGGACAGGACCGUUCAUGUGUGGCAGGUGAAGGAAUCCGACACAGUCUCGACCUUCUCUACAUUGCGGCGGCAGGGGUUGAGCCAUUCUUCCACUGCGCUGGUGCCAAAUAUGUCGACGUCUUCUCAGAAGGAGGAGCAGGCUGCGAUUAUAGGCUCCCACCCUUGGAAGAGGACUAGGAAGGGAAGCAGAAAGCGCUCUCUUCCUGAUUAUGUUGUCUUGCCGGAUAACAUUUUCUCGAUCUCUGAGAAGCCGUUUUGCUCUUUUGAAGGUCACCUCGGUGAUGUCUUGGACCUCUCCUGGUCCAAAUCUCAGCAACUUCUUACAUCAUCAAUGGACAAAACUGUGAGACUAUGGGACAUCAAGAGCAGGUCCUGUCUGAAGUUGUUUGCCCACAAUGAUUAUGUAACAUCCAUCCAGUUCAAUCCCGUUGAUGAUGAUUACUUCAUUAGUGGAUCUCUUGAUGGCAAGGUUCGCAUAUGGAGUAUACCAAACCGUCAGGUUGUUGACUGGAGUGAUCUGCGCGAAAUGGUUACUGCUGUAUGCUAUACUCCUGAUGGCCAGGGAGCUUUGGUUGGUUCGCACAAAGGAAGAUUUCGUUUUUACAAUACUUCUGAUUAUAAACUUUCUCAAGAAAGUCAAGUAGAUAUCAGUAACAAGAAAAAGAAGUCGCAUGCAAAGAAAAUAACCGGGCUCCAGUAUGCGCCGGAUGAUCCAUCCCAAGUCAUGGUGACAUCUGUUGGUUCACAGAUUCGAGUCUUCGAUGGUGUUGAUGUUAUUCACAAAUUCAGAGGUUUUCGGAAUACAAGCAGUCAGAUAUCAGCAUCCUUCUCUUCAGACGGAAAAUACAUCAUCUGUGCGAGCGAGGACUCCAAUGUGUACAUAUGGAAGCGUGGCACAGCACAUAGGGCCGGUGGUGGAGGGAAAAGUAAGGGUUGGGUUACCACUCGAUCCCACGAGUACUUCUACUGCAAGGAUGUCUCAGUUGCAAUCCCAUGGCCGAACAAUGGAAGCAACCAUGAGAAGCCAACUUUGCCAUUGCCAUCCUCAGGAAACUUGGGGCCAUCAAACAGAUCACAGAAAUCAAGCCACAGCCUACAUGACUCCUUCCCAAAGAAGGGCUUGCUGGAACAAAUACUCCCUACAAGCCCCGACAAAGUGCAACCAUCAGCAUCUGGCCUGAGCAACUCAUCUUCUUUGCGCUCACUACGGUCUUCCAUUAAUUCUUCGUCGUCAUUUGCAUCUUGGGGAUGGGUUGGUGGAAGCAGGAAGGUGGUUACAAACAGUUUGGAGAGUUCAAAUGCUUGGGGUUUAGUUGUUGUUACUGCAGACCUGGGAGGUAAUAUCAGGAUAUACCAAAACUUUGGCUUGCCUGUGAGGCUUAGCAGGCAGAACAACUUGUUCUAGGAGGAUGAUAAGAUUGUGCUAUUUUUUUCAUUAUUUAAGAGGUGAAAGCCUGAAGAUUAUAUGCACUGUAAAUCCUGCUAUCCAUACCUUUGGGUCUCUGUCAUCUUCUCUUGUUGCUCAGUAUGCUUCAUGGUUCUGUAAAUUCUUCAUUUCAUGUGGAUCAGAGAGUUUAGUGGAGCAAUCCUUUGACAUCAUCUCUGAUGUUAACAAGGUGUCAUAUGGAAAUUGUAUUAUAACGUUUAUUUUUUGGAUUUAAAGAACAUAAACAGCUCUGACAAACAAGCGAAGAAGCAAGCUUCCUUCAAAGAGUGUGACAGAGCAGAUCUAUUUGACUUGUUGCAAGGAUUGUGAAUAGAUUUUCUUAAGUUAAAAAUUGAUUAUGUUGCAAUUAUAGCAAAAUAUCUUGUUUUUGUCAGUAGAUAUUCUGCACUUUUGAUCUACUUUGUAUGAGAAACAUCUGAUCCAUUUUUUUCA